GUCCGCUGGAAAUAUUCACAUACCUAGAUAUUUGGCUGCUUAAAUUCAACGUGCACAUAGAGAGUCGCCAAUAAACACUCCUCUUCCUCUUCUCUCAUGACUCUCAUCUCAUUGUCAGCUGCUGCGACAGCUAUCUUUUUUCAGAGGUGUCGUUUCAUAAGGACCGACUCGAAAGCGAGAGCAUCUGUGCUGUGAAUCGUGAGUCACGACGGUCACGUUAGUGCGGGAGAUUGAGAUACAGGAGGGCACUUCGGAGGUAUACAGGAGAUUCAAGAUGGAAGACGGUGACAAUAAAGUGGAAAUUGAGCUGGGUAAAGAUAAGAAGUCCUACGCCGGCAUACCGGAGGCCGACUUUGUGGAUGAUGUCGAGGCUUUUAUGGCAAAGCCGGAAAACGAAUCCGUGGACAAGGUGCUCAGAAAGCUCGACGAGAGCCACGGGAAGUACAAGUUUAUGGAGUUUAACCUAGUCAACAAACGAAGACGCUUAAAAUCGCAGAUACCAGACCUAGAAAGAUCUCUAGAGAUGAUCGAGAAACUACAGAGCGAGAAGAGUAGCUUAGAAACGCAAUUUUUAUUAUCGGAACAAGUUUACGCGAAAGCCAUAAUACCGCCCACUGACAAGGUGUGUCUAUGGCUGGGUGCUAAUGUCAUGCUAGAAUAUACUUUAGACGACGCCCAAGAAGUGCUGACCAAAAAUAUUGAGGCAGCCAAGAAGAAUUUAGGAUUCAUAGAGCACGAUCUAGACUUUGUUCGUGAUCAGUAUACCACCAUGGAGGUGAAUAUGGCACGUAUCUACAAUUGGGAAGUGAAGCGUAGACAAGCGGCAAAAUGAAAUUAUCAAUUUUUACUCGCACUCGGAUCUGCCUAAAACCAGGAGAAUAUCUACUAUAUUAUGAAGAAUAAAGUUCGUCAGUACGCAGCAUUAUUAAAAUUCCUGGUAUAAAAAGACUCGGAUAUUAAUUUAAUUAUAAAUUCUUGUCAUAUAUUAAUAUUUAUCUAUGUUACAAAUAUGUCUGAAUUUUUGUAAUACUGAUUGCUAAAGAAUUAUCUUUUUUAUCUGCUAUUCGUCACAAAUUGACCUUAUUUACAAUGAAUCUAUAUUAUAUAAGUUUCAAUAAAAAAAAAGGGUUCCAUUCUGAUUAAAAUGAAGGCAAUAAAUGAUAUUACACUUAA